UGACAGGGAAGGAGGGCCCCUCUCAGCUCUGUGCCCCAUAACAGCUGCACUGCCUGCACCUAUGAUAGCCACGCCCUUGCCUGAUGGAGACCCAUGUAAACAUGGGAAAUUGGGUAGAAUAUACAAACUCUGCAUAGAUAAGGCUCCAGUGGCAAUCGAACCCAAGACCUCAGUGCAGGCAUCUCCUGGCUACUAUUACAUCUUCUAAACGUACAUUGAAUUGUUGCAGUAUUCAUUCUCUCACCUUGAAGUACAAAGAAAAAUGGAUUUAAUUAUAAGACAGCACCUCACUGCAGCAGAAAAUCAACAAGAUGCUGAUGCCCUGCUCAGUGCUUACAAAUUAAUUAAAGCAGUUAACGGAGACGGAUCAGCAAACGAUGUUCCAGAAACGUUCAGUUCCGAUCUGUACAUACUGUGUGCAGAACAAGCCUUACAACUUGGAAAUUCUACAGUGAGCAAAGACUGCCUUCAGAUGUAUUUCAAGAGCCAGCCUCCUUCAAACCAGUUUUUUGGACGGGCAUACCUGUGCAAAGCCCAAUUACACAUUCCCCAUUCUGCUGAUAACGUGGAUGAAUUGGAGAAGUCUGUGACAUAUUAUCUUAAAUCAAUUGAUUUUGCAAAACAAAAUGAGAGGUAUCAUUUCUUAGUAUAUAAUGCAUCUGUCUUAUAUUGGCAAAUGGUCCGUCCAUUUCUGAAGCCUGGAAGCCGCCACCUUGUUAUCCCCAGCCUUGUUAGUGUGGUUAAGGCUUUGGGAGAAACUGAUGAUAUUGACAAGACCUGGAGAGCAGACCUGAUGUUAGAGCUUCUGGAAUGUUUACUGGAUGCCCACAAAAUAAAGGAAUCGGUAGAGUGUGCAUCGCUGGCAACCGACUUCAUCAGAGAACAUGUUCCCCAGAAGUACCCUCUGCUCUUUGCUAAAAUGGUGCAUCACAAGUUAAUUGAUUCUGCAAAAGCAGCUAAGGAGACCAAAAGUUCAGUGACUUUGUCGGUUAUCUAUAAAAUUCAGAAAAUAAGAUCGCAAAUGGAUAGCUCAGUUACAACAAAGGAAGUUUUGACCAGUCUGAAUGAAAUUUAUAAAAUAUUAACAACUGUUGAGGAAGAACCUGCUUUGAAUGUACCCACUUCUGAAAAAAUUUCCCUGCUGAUUGAACUUGCACAUCUCUCAAUUGAAUUAAAGUGCACCCCACUAGCUGCGGCUUGUAUCACUGAUUUGAAGAUUGCAGAUAUCAAUGAUCCAAGGACUCUCAUAGCCUUACAAUGUCUCCAGAGUCAGCUUGAGGUUCUGAAGCUUGGACCUCGGAUUGACAUGUACACCAAAAGUGUUGUUGAGGCACAGUUACGAGUUAUAAGGAGACUAGAAUCAGCCUUACAAGACGCUGUCCGUCUAGGUGACCCUGUCACCAUGCAGAAUGUGUGCACUGCACAGUGGAAUCUGUGUCUGCCUUUACUACAACAUAAUCUUCGCAAACACGUAAAGAAGCCUUUAGUGUCUAUGUCCCAGGCAUUAGAAAGCAUCGAUAGUUUACUGACUGUGAUGCGCUGCCAAAUUCACCUGGAAAUUGCUCAGAUAGAAAAAGAGGAAGAUCGCAUUGAAGUUGCUAUAGGACACAUUCAGAAGGCUUUGAUUCUGGGAGGUAACGGGGAAUACCAAAACCUCCUGAAAACUUGUCUUCAUCGUCUACAGCUCCGAGCUACACUGUACACAAAGCCACAGUGCCCAGAAGAUCAGGCAGCGAUGAUCAUAGAACAGGCAAAACAGAGCGGCAUGAAGGACUCUGUAAGGAAGAAGCGGUCACUGCUUGUCAAUGCUGGUCUCUGUCUGGCUCCUGAUGUGUUUCAGAUGGUUCUUGAUAGUGAAAAUGAAGCAAAAGUCUCCACAGGUAAAAGCAGCACAGGACAUGUAAGUUACUUAUGCAUGAAAGCUCAACACCAUACAAAGUGUGUCCAGAAGACUGGAUUGCAUUUACAGCAUACAGGAAAUAAGAAAGACACUGUAAGGGUCAGAUUGUGGGCGGAUUUGGCAAAAAUUGCCCGUAAACAAGAAGUGUGGGAUGUGUGUAGGGCAGCGUGCAGAUUCUGCCUGUUAUAUGAUGAUGGCCGGUGGCAGAUUUCAAGACAUGAUGUCGUACAAAAGAAAUCUGUGACCAGCGCUUUGGAUGAAGGAAAGAGUUCAGAGCCGGAAUCGUCAAAGACCAAGAUAGAAUUGUUCAGUGAUGUGAAGGUUUUAUUACGAAUUCUGGCAGAAAUUAGAUUUAUCAAUGCAGAGGCAACCAUACACUUACUGAAGUCAGAGGGCUGCAAACUGAAUGAAUGCCCUGUCCCUCCAGAAGACAAAAGCAUGCGACCUGCUUCUUACAUUCCUGUAAAUCUGGAAGAAGAUCCAGAAUGGAUCGUUUAUAGGGACUGGAUAUCUCAGCUUUCAGCAUACGCUACAGAAAAUUUCUUGCAAGCGGCUGAAUUGGGAGUAGAGUUACAGGAGGCCUGGGUAACUCACAAUGCCGCUGUCUACAUCCUCAACCACAACAAGCAAAUUGUAGGAUCUCAAAGGAUACCAGUGCUCGUGGACACCUUAAAGAAACUGAUUGCAGCCCUCAGGAAAACCGGGAGCAGUGGGAAUCUUACGCUGCUGGUGGUUCUGUCGAAUGCCUUAGCCAAAGGCCUGAUUCUUGGCUGGAUACCUGAGUCAGACACUAACAAAAGAUCAGAGACAAGACCGCCUACAGAAAAAGGCAAGAAGGCUGCCGGGAAAGGACCUGAGAAAUCUAAUGUAGCACAUGUUUUGCCAAUUGAUCCAAAUGGCCUUCCUGAUGUGAAACUCGCCCUGGAGGUCUGUGACUAUGCUUUGGAUUUGACAAAUGGGAGUGCUCCAGAAGAUGUAGUACCAAUCUCCAUUAGACAGCAACUGCUAUCUACAUGGGUGAAAGCGAAACAGUUGCUCCAGCAACAAAUUGGACAGAAGUUGGGAACUUAUGAUGAGGAAAAUAAUGAAGGACAAAGCCCAAUGAACAAAGUCCUUGUUGCAUUAGAAAUAUACUCAUGUAAUGGUUUAGGAUUCAUGGACUUUACCGUUCCCAGCCUGGCCCAAGUGAUGAAAAUAACUUUGGAAUGCAAUUGGACAGAUUCCUUAGUAGAAUUGCAGGUACUAACCAGACUGGCACACUUUGCAUACAAUGCUCAUGACCUAGAACUGGCAUUAACCUGCGCCCAGAGAGCAUUACACUAUGCGGAGCUGAUGAAAAAACAGGAUGUGUACAGUUCUACACUGGCAGGAGAAAUGUUGAGCACUGCUGCCUGCAUUCAGGGCCAAAGCAUAAUGGACAAUUUGGCUGGAAAAAAACACUUGCGUCUGUCUGCCAUAAAAGCCUUUGAAAUAAGUGCAAGGUUUGGUGGUGAAGCUGGAAGCCCCGCUCUAACACUACAGGCAGCUAAACAUUUCUGGUGUGCGUGCUCUCCGCUGACACAGUAUGCUAAACAACGAGAGGUCCUAAAGGAUUCUGUUAUUUGUGUUAUCAAGGCCCUCACUGAGGCUGACAUCAAACAUACACAGGCAUCAGAGAAUGAUACCACGUUAUUUCACCUGUGGCCUAAUAUGGAUGUUCAAAGCCGUUCACCGCAUGGCCUAGAUAAUCCCCAAGCUACUUCUAUUGAAUCGGAUCAUUUUACUGAGGAGUUCAGUGUGAAAGCUGCACUUUAUGAGCUGCUGUUCAACAUUUAUGCAGAUAAGAGUGACUGGGAAUCAGGCCUGAUGGUGCUGGAUGAAGCCAUAAACAUUCUACCACGUACCAGGCAAAGACUAGUCAUUUUCAAACACCGUGUCCUGGUGAAGGCACGGCUGGGUCAUAACUUUUUCCUGGACAUUCAGAAGUUUAAGGAUGAAAGCGAAGACUAUGUGUCGUACAUUUGGCAUCAUGUUGCACUUACCUGCAGUAACACCCGUGAACAGUUAGCAUGUUAUUUGAAUGCAAUUGAUACUUUGCAGAAACCCGAAAAUGACUGGCAGAAAGUUGAAUACCUGCUGGAGUUGGCAGAGUGGUUGUACUGCAAACAGUUUCCUCUUGAUGAUGCUAUUAACCAGCUGGAUUGGGCAGUAGAUAUUUUGCUCAAUAUGAAACUCACCAACAGCACAGAGGAAGGAAAGAGUCAAAAAACAAAACAGAAGACAAGCAAGAAAUCCAAUCACAAUAAAGAGCCAGCAAGCGAUGAUGCUCUAAGUAAGACAGGAAUUGGAGAGCAUCAUGGAAGCUCUUGCAGAUCAAUUGAAGACUUGAGGAACGUGAGACAGCUGGAAGCCUUGGCACGAGCACACACGUUAAUGGCUAAAAUUAGUGGCUGCGGUUCUCCUUAUCAUGAGCAAUACUUUCUGAUGGCAUAUGCAUAUAUUAUGCGGAUUUGGCAGGUGUCAUUGUCUGCAGCAGGGAGUUUUAUUAAAUCAUUACAGAAGAACCCUACACCUGUUCAAAAUCCACAAUCGGCAUCAUCUCAAAAAGAAAAAAGGAAGAAAGAAACCAGCGAGCCUGCUGUGGUCAAGGAGAAGUACAAGAGGAAAGGACAUACAGACUCUUUACCUUUAAACACAGAGGAAUGGGCUGGCUUUGAUUGUCCUGAUGAAGUCAGAGAUGCAUUUAAGCUUGAUACAUCUUGCCAAGUCAUAAACAGGAGCACCAUCGUAAAGCCUGCAUACAGCCUCUACUACUUGGAUCUACUUGUGAGCGAAUUACAGAGUAUCUCAUUUACUCACAUGACUCUGCCUGUUCUCCAUCUUGCAGAAGUUAUUGCACAUGACGUUGUGGAAAGUAAAAGUCUGUCAGAUCUCUACCACCUGAAAAUUUCCCAAGUAUGUGCAGACUUGCGAUUGUACCACGCCGUCAGUUACCAUCAGAAAGCAGCUGAAAAUGUGGCCAUUAGUGAAUACGAGCUGAUAAGCUGUAGGCAAGAAAUGUCAUUGAUGAAAGAUGAAAAACAAGAUGACGGCAGUUUGGCUUUGAACACAAAACAUCUAGCUGGAAGACAGAAGCUGUUGAGUGUGCAUGCAGAUGGCAAAGGAUUAAGUGGACUCUCUCUUCCAUAUCUGUGGCUGGAGAAGGCUGAUGUACUGAUACAGCUCGGAUUUUUUCAGCAAGCUCGGAUUCUUAUUUCAGAGGCUUAUAAGUCUCUCCAGGAUAUUGGUGAUCAACAUUACCUGUUAAAAUGUUUGUACCUGUUAUCGGUGCUGGCCAACAGUGAGAAUAACCAUGGACAAGCAAAGUCCUUGCUGCUGGAAGGCAAAGGUCUAGAAAGAGAUGCAGAGUUUUGGUAUAAAACCACCAUGGCUCUGACUGACGCUGUUUUAGGUGAGAAUAAGGAAGGCAGACAGAAAAAGGCAUACAACAUUUUGGAAAUCACUGUAGAUAUUUUGAAAACCAUGAUUCAAAAAGAAUCAAACAGAGAAUCUGAAUAUGUGUUUCUCAUAGCUAAGUUAAAUGCCAGGAAAUUUGCAAUUCUUUUAGAAAAUGCCAAAGCCCAGAUGCGCAGCGGUACUGCGUCUUCUCAGAUAAUUGUGUUGCUGCUAGAUAUAUGUGACAAGAUGAAUCAAACCGAAGCUGAUCUUCUCCAGUAUGGACACAAGAAUUACAGAGCCGAAUUCAUGAUGGAGCACUCAAGUAUUCUUUGGAUCCUUGCAAGCUUGGUAGAAGAUGAGCAACGUAAGCACAGUUACUACUUGGAUGCAUAUAUUAAAGCAGAGCAAGCAAUCCGUAUUGUUGAACAAAUAAAAUACAGUAUUGAAAGCUCUUCCCUAACUGAGGCAGGGGGUAUCAGUUUGCCAGUACAGAGGAAACUUGCGAAAAUGAAGCUUGGUUUUGCUGAACUCUCAUUGGAAAUAAUCCAGCUCGUCACCACUGAGGAGAGCAAGAUGUUACAGGAGAAUAAAAGCAAAGGGGAGCUCCGUGUCUUUGUGGAAGAGUUUGUCAGAGCUACCCCUGACUAUAACUCUAUUGAACAGGAGUGGAAAACACUCAGCCGUACUGUGGCCUCGGCAGCUCUGUCUCACUUGGCCAGUGCUCUGACCCUAACCGGUGGCUGUAAUGAUAUGAAAGCAAAGUGUUUGUUCUUAGCUGGAAGAUGCCUCCAUUUGCUGUGCUUUAGAGUAGAUCCACUUAAUCCAGACAUGUACUGGAGCGAAUUCCGAUUGGAUGAAAGAAAGGCUGCCGGAUCCACUGGAGAUAAUGACAUAGAGGGGCCUGAUGCCAACACACAACAAGUUAAAAAGCUAGAUGAAUUAAUGAAAAAAAUGGUUGAAUUGAAGACCAGAAAGACAGUGGCACAGACAUACCUUGCCCAGACUACAGAGAUUUUGCUACAGUCCAUUAAUGUUGCAAUAAACAGCAGGUUGAUGGAUACCUUGUCAUCUGCCAGCCUUGAGAUCUGUUCCUGCCUCGGACAGUUUGACCCUGUUACUGCUGGAUUAUUCCUAGCACUUCAUCAGAGCUGUUUGUCCUGUAUGAUGACGGAAGACUUAGUGCUCACAGCUACACAUAACACCAGCAGCUCACAGUUGGCCGCGCUAGUGCACCUCCUGCGCUACCUGCAAGAGAGGGGAGACGAGGGACCCCUGAAAAAACAAAUUGAGCAAACAUUGGCUGCUACAUCAAAAGUGUGGGAACAUCUUCACAUAACUAUUCAGUAUUUCAACAUAUUCAAUGAGCUGCCACCAAACUUCAGUAUAAUUAUUCUGCAGCAUUCAGAAGACAGAUCUUUCUUGUAUGGUGCUCUUCUUGAAAAGCCAAAACUUAUGUCAAUGCAAAAGGGAAAGUUAAGCCAACAAAAAGGAGCCAUGCAAGCAAAAGUUGCCCGGUGUUCUGUGGACGGGCAGGCCUUAUCCAGCUUGUUGGAGAAAAUGGAGGGGUUCCAACAAAAUAUGAUGCAGAAUCUACUCAUAAAGGAACAUCGGCAAAGCUUCACAAGGCAGAAAAACAUGUUUGAGAAAAUCGAUAAGAAUCCCACAUUGAUUAACACUGGCACUGCAGAAGAUGAAAUUGAGAAGAAACUGGUUGCUGACUUUAAUGGGAUAGUAGAUGUAAUGGAAGCCUACUUGAGCCCUCUGCUGCUCCAGCUGGACAUUUCUCCCCUUAGGCAGCCGUCCCCACUGCUUUCAACAACAGGAUCAAUACGAGCAAAGUCCAGGGAGAAAGAAGAGAAGCCAGCAUCAGCAUCAGCUGCGUCAGUGGAUGUGGGGGACUGCAUUAUAGUGCUGGCAGACAGAUCACUUCAGCAGUUGCCGCUUGAAGCACUGGGCAUGUUCAAGGACGACGGUAUAAACUCUGUGUCAAGGGACUUUUCACUUUAUACAUUGUAUAAAAGGAUUCACAGAGAGCCAACAGAAGAUAAGGAAGGAAAGAGAGACGUGAAAAGUGCAAAAGAAUCCAAAGCAAGAGCAGAACAGAAAAAGAAAACAAAGGCGAUACCCAUCAAUCGUGUUCUACCAGCUAACUGCAUGCCAGUGGAAGCCCAUCGUUUCAAAUACAUUGUGGAUCCUUUCAAUGAAAUAAAAGAACCAGAAACACUCAGCCCUGGCUAUAGAAUGAAUGAGGUUCUUAUAAAUUACAGCCAGCAAUUUACAGCUCAUUGGGAAGGAAUUAUAGGAAGUUCUCAUGUGCCCAGCCACGCAGAAUGGGAAAACCUGAUGACUGACUGCAAUGCAUUCAUUUUCUAUGGGACUGAGAGGCUCUUGGCUCAUAUUCUGUUAGACAAAUUUGUUGCUAUGGAUUUUACAGAAUGCCAGGUGAUGAUUCUACUAGAUCAGGUGCGGACGAGUCAUAGUUAUUCACGACAAUCAACGAUUGAUGUACAAAAAAGGAAAUCGUGCCUUUCAUUGGAAAGACCAGUGGAAACAGCCCUCCUGCUGAGUGUGACAGGUGUCCGCUGUAUAAUGCUGAAUCUGUGGCACACAACCUUAGAGCAGAAUGCUAAGAGACUGGACUUCAUCUCAGAAUGUCUGUUAGCACUUGGCAAGACAACUGGGCAAACAGUACAUAGCCAGCGGAAGCUCGGCAGCAGCUCAGACAUGGCUGUGAAAGAAGGAGACAUUUCAGAGGAUGGACAUGAAGAAACUGAACUGAGUCACCAGGAUCCAAGGCUUCUUCCCAGAGACCCCUCCUUACUUAGCUACACGCUGUACGGCCUGCCCUCUUUGAUUGUUAUGUGAUUUCCUUUGUCAUAACAGUACGUGGUGAUGGAAUUAAUAUAUUUAGUGUGGUUAAUGUUUAGUGGUUAAUCCUUGGAUUCAAGUGAGCAUUACUUUUACAACGGCAAAACAGUCCUUGUGAUAAUUAAAGACCCUAAAACCUUG